UCGCGCCCCGCGCCGGUCCCCGCCCCGCGUACCACCCCGCGCCUGGCCACGCGCCCAACCCCGCGCCCUGCGGGCGGUGGCCUGGGCGACGCUGGGAGGCGCCGGGCGAGGCCAUGUACUCGGUGCCCGAGCUGUAUUCGAGGCGGAGGCGCCUGGACUGGCAGACCUCGACCCUGCUGGAACAAUUGGGAUUGCGACUAGGGAUGUGGUACUGGAAAGAUGAGACCAGAACUCUUGAAUUCAGAAGUUUCAUGCCUGCGGUGGAACUCAAGGAGAAAGGAAAGAAAGGCAGAGCCGUUCACUUUGCCGAAAUGGAUGGCUCAGCUUCAGAAAGGUUGACAGAUAAAAGGCUUGCCUCAAGAGACGCGACCAAAGCCUUAGAGAAGCGAGGCCGGCUGGGCUGCGUGACGCUGGAUGAUGUGAAGUUUGUCGUGCUGCUCUUGCUGCAGGACUCUGAGAAGCAGCGCAUCUGUUCCUUUACAACGUUUAUGAGGUGCGUCGUGCCGGCGAGACGUUCUCGAACGUUCACCCUCAUUCUGCAGGCCUCCCGUCAGCUAAGUGAGGACAAACCCGCUUUCUGGAGAAACUGCACGAGGCUGGCUCCUAGGAAUAAGAGUCUUGACAAUUUCCUCAUGGCAUUAUUGUACUACUUAGCAUAUUACUUGGAAAAAAACUCACUGGAAAAGAAACCCAAAAGCUAUAUGGUAGGCCUUGUGGAGAAAAAAGAGAUGGAGCUGGCUGCGAGUAAGUUGGAAGCAGCGCAGAGAUACCUGGCGCAGAAGUACUGUGUCCUCGUGCUGGGCCUGGGCAUGCCGGACAAGCACCACAUGUCCUGUGGGAAGGAGAAAAUCUCAGAUACGCAGAAAGACUGGAAAUUCUUUGAGUGUUUUUACACUUUCUGCACGUAUGUGGCUUGGGUUGUCUUCCGGCGUCAGCACUUGACAGAGAUUGAGGAAGAGGUAGGACGGCUCUUCCGUACCAGCAUGUUCAACAUCCCUCGAAGAAAACGUGAGGACGAAGAAUUAGGAGGGGAGAAGAAACGCAUGACCUUCGUGCAGUUCAGGAGAAUGAUGGCAAAACGGCCAGCAAUCAAGAAAGCCAUCAAUAUGCGCUCCCCCGUCAUGUCCACCCUGCUGCCCUCUCACCGGGAAAAAGCUCAGACUAUCGUUGAGAAAAAGUAUCUUCAAGUAGGCGCCAAACUCCCGGCUCAGACACACCUGGACUUUGUACCCCUGCCGAAAGCUGGCAUCUUGGGGGAGCCUCGGUCUCUGUUCAACCCGCACACCCUUCUCCCCCUUGAGCCUGAGGAGACCGUGAAGGCUGGGAGACACCCGUCCCUGAUAGAGAGGAACAACAUGAAGAUUCAGGACACACUGCACUUGGUCAUGAGGACCCUGUCUUCUCACACGCCCUACUCUAAGUAACCUGGGGUCUCCCGUCUCCGCAAGAGUCCCUGCGUUUGUAAAUGAAGCACACGACCUUAGCCGCUUGAUACGGGAUGAGUAUCAUACUGUCAGUAAGCCUUCAAAAAUGGCCCAAGUGUGCAUCCUAAAGAACAGCUGUGGACGAUUAAAGAAUUCCAGAAAGCCAUUGAAGAACUUAAAAGCACUUUGUCU